GUUAGUCUACUUUUGACUGUUACGCAGAUUGUUCGUGCCCGUGUCUGCCGUUCUGUAUUCGUCUGUUUCGUCGCUUCGUUUUUCUUUUGUUUGCCUUGACUCGUAUUUGAGUACGACUUCGCCUUCAGUCGCACCGAUUGCGAUAGCCGUCGCGGAUUCGCUUUUGGUAGACGUGAAACUAAACGAUAAGUCCGUAGUACGAAAGCCAGGCGCUUCGGCGGUACUUUUACGCUCCAACGGAAACAGUAAACACAAAUAAACCGCCGGGAAAUGAAUAUUCUUUAAAAUUGUGCAAAUUAAAAGUGAUUUUUUUUUUUUUUUUAAAUAAGCUUUAUGCUAAUUUUAAUAACAAUAUUACAAUAAUUAAUUUAUGUGAAAAAUUAUACAGACUACAAAGUUUUCGUUUUGCGUAGUUUGCAAGUUAUUCUCUUAUAAACGAUCGUCAAUAUUCAAGUGACUUUUAAUCCGCAACAUACAAUAAAUACAUAUGUACAUACACCAUAUAAUCAUCCGAGCAAACAAACACAUUUAGGAUAAAUUUGAAGUUUGUGUUAAAAACAAAAAUUUAAAUUAAAUGACAGUGCACAGUAAUGAAAUCGGUGUCUGUUUAGUAAUGAAUGCCGUUUCAACUCACCUCGCCGCUUCGUCGCCAAACACGCCUCCCACCAACGCCCCACAAACUCCACCGUCAACGCUGCCUACGUUGCCCUGUACUCCAAACCAACCGCUGACUGUGCCCUUAACUGGGCCUGGGCACAGUGGGAUGGUUACAUCUACCGUGCCACAAGGUGAGCGCUCUAUAUCGCCAGGUGGACCAACUACAGGUCCUCAAGCCCAAGCGCCCAGCGCCUCGCAUGCGUCCGCUUCUUCAAACCCUAGCCGGUGCUGUGAAACAGGCCGCACCAUUUAUACGGAUCCGGUUAGUGGGCAGUCGAUUUGUUCAUGCCAAUAUGAUAUGCUUAGCUACCAACGACUUGCGGCAGCUGGAGGUGUACCACUCGGAGUUUACCCCGAGGGAAUGUCUGCAUAUCUUUCUGGAAUCGGCGCCGAACAGCCUCCGUUCUACUCGAAUACGGCCGGGAUAGAUUUAAAGGAAAACCUUGUUGCGGGCACUUCACCAUGGCCUUACCCGUCAAUGUAUCACCCAUAUGAUGCAGCGUUCGCUGGCUACCCGUUUAAUAGUUAUGGAAUGGAUUUAAAUGGCGCUAGACGAAAAAAUGCAACCCGCGAAACAACAUCUACCCUCAAAGCUUGGUUAAAUGAACAUAAGAAAAAUCCUUAUCCCACUAAAGGGGAGAAAAUAAUGCUGGCCAUUAUCACAAAAAUGACGCUCACUCAGGUGUCAACCUGGUUUGCCAAUGCGAGAAGAAGACUGAAAAAAGAAAACAAAAUGACUUGGGAGCCACGAAAUCGUGUCGAUGAUGAUGAGGCAAAUAUAGAUGAUGACGAUGACAAAAACACUGAGGAAAACGAUUUGCUAGAUGCAAAAGACUCAGGUCUUGGAUCUAAUGAAGACAAGGACCGUAGUGGAAGGCUAGGUGAUAUGUUAACUGAGCGUCCUGGUGAAAGCAAUAACAGUGAAUGGUCGGAAUCUCGGCCAGGUUCACCGAACGGAUCCCCCGACUUAUUUGACCGUCCUGGAAGUAUGCCACCUGGAACCCAUCCGUUGUUUCACCCUGCAGCACUUCAUCAUCACUUUCGGCCACCGGCUGGCUCUCCACCAGACAUUGCCGCAUAUCAUCAUCACCAGCAGCAACUGUUGCAACAGCAUCAACAGUCGCAACAGACAUCGGUAGGAGGAACAUCUAAACCGCGCAUAUGGUCUCUCGCUGAUAUGGCAUCUAAAGAUAGUAAGGAACCAGUCACUAUGACCAAAGACAGCACUGCCAGCGAGCUGCCACAAUCGCAUCCUGGUUUUUACGCUCAUCCGAGUCAACAUUCUUCACCUGGUAAGAUAAUGUCACCAUUAGCUGCUCGGAUCCCCAAUUAUGCGCCAUAUGUGCGACCCGACCUCUACAGGGGCUUUUACGGACCGGCUGCAGCCCAUUUAGGAGCGCCAACGCAGGAAUUUUUGGAACAUCAGCGAUCUUUUGGCGCUAGCCUAGUAGCCCACAAUGGUCUUGGCAUGAAUCCAUUGCUGUGGAAAGCCGCUGUAUCGGGCGCGACAAGUGGUCCCCAUUUUGCACCUUUAAGCUUAACUACAACGAGCAACACUGCACAGCAAAUGGCUCUCCCUCCGGUUGUGUCGCCGUCGGCAUCUAGUUCAUCAUCGUCAAUGGGCUGCGAUGUCGUCCACAUCCCGACAAGUAGUGCCCAAACAUCCGCCCAAAAUCUAAUGGGACCGAUUUCCAGCAAUUCCACCGCUUCAUCUUCUUCCUCCAAUUCAGGAAAAAUCUCACCAGGUGUAAAUGUAACAUCUCUUAGUGCAAAUCCAUGACAUUCAUCGGCCUGCGCAUCGCCCCAGCCGUCUGCUGUUUCAAAUACAUCGACGGCAUCCCCAAUCUCGGCGUUUCGUUCAUUGGUCGCAUUUCGCGAGCAACACUUGAAACAGCAAUCCCCCAAACUGGCUCUACUUCGGCCGUGACCACUAUAAAUUUCGCAGCUUGGGCAAAGAAAGGUAUACACUUUCGGACAAUAAUUCAUAUGUGAUUAUUCGGUAUUUUAAUUAACGCCGCUUAUACCAAAAAGCAAGCCAAUUCGUAGACCGCAGCGGGUUUCCUUUCACGAGGACCGUAACCAGACCCAACCGCUGCCAAUGACUUUGUGCAAUUUUGUGAGAAUGAAAAUCCUGAAACUAACGAAGAUAGGUUUUUUUUUUUUUUUUUGGUAAUACAUACAACAUAUACAAUCAGAGCUUAUAGAAUGUAAAUUUGAAAGAGUUAGUGAAACAAAAUUACAAACAACAAUGAUAACCGGCAACGCCAUAGCCCACUAUUCGGACCAGUAUGGGAUGUCGGACUAGGAAGUAAGCAAUCUAGCCAGCUUGAUUCAUGCUUUUGGUUAUAAUGAAAUGUCGCUGGUAUCUUUAACUUUUAAUUAACGUUAGUUUAUGCACAACUUAAUGUGCAAGCAUACUCUAACACACAUAUAGGUUUUUUUUUUUUUUUUUAAUAAACAUUGACAUCAUUCAAUUAAAUAGAUUAAAGGACGUGGGAGAGGAUACAAAACAUAUCAACCCAAACGUCAGAUCCUAUUCCUUCCUCCAUCGCUUCUUGGACUCAAUAGUAGCCGAAACCAAAAAAAAAAAGGAAUUUAAAAAAUUAAUUAACAAGAACUUUGAUUUAGUUGUUAUUGUUUUUAUCGUCUUAAGUUACCAAUUUGUUCCUGUCGUUUGUAAAAUUAAUUUAUUAAUUUUUUCUUUUUCGUAUGAAUAUAAGUACCUAUAUCAUAUAUUUGGUAAUCUAUAUAUUGUAUUUGAUGUACUUUAUGCACAAAUCGUAUCUAAGCUUGCAUAAUUAUAGCGUCCUAAGCAAAUAGUGUAAAUUAGUACAACUGUAUAUAAAUAUAGA